AUGUCUGAUCCAAUCGAUCGUUUAACUGAUUCGGUGACUAAUGGCCUCGCAAUUGCAGCGUUAUUUUCAAAAGAAGCAGCGGUAAUAGCCGACUCUUUGGGACCAUUCAUUCCAUUAAUAUCGGAAAUAACGCAUAUAAAAUUUACGAAUUUAACCGAUGAAUUUGAUGGAUUAAUGCGCGUGUUAAAUUUUACUAUGGCUGUACAAAAUCAAAUUCAAAUGGAGGAAGAUCAUAAAGUAUUAAUAUCGGAUUAUUUGAAGACAAUUGAGGGUGGUAUUGUCAAUGAUUUGAAAGAGAUUAAUGCUUCGUUAGAUGAUAUCACUCAACUUAAUAUUGCAUGGCAAAAAAGAGUUUUACAAGAGGAUAAUAAUGUUUUAGAAUCCGCAACGAUUAAAAUGACGGAAAUUCAUGAUCCUCACGAGACAGUAAAACGAGGAACAAAGGUUUAUAAAAAAAUUCGAAUGGGCGAGGAUAUAGCAAUUAAAGAAAAAAUUUUAGGAGAUGAUGAAAAGAAACUUAUGAAUGAUAUACUUAGUCAAGUAGUUAUCUUGAAAAAACUAAAAGAAUCUCAAUAUAUACUUCAAUUUUACGGUAUCGCACAAGAUGCAAACGCAAUUUAUAUGGUAACUGAAUGGUGCGAUUACGGUAACCUGCAAGAAUUUUAUCAGGAUUAUGGGCCUCUUGAUUGGCAUGAAAAAACUCAACUAGCUGUGGAUAUCGCUCGUGGUUUAACCUUCUUACAUACAGUUGCCAUCUUACAUCACGAUAUUCGCUCAGAAAAUAUCCUCAUCACUAUUCAUCGUCAGGCGAAACUUGCCAACUUUACAUUAAGUCGUGGAUUUAAUGAUCCCACUAAAAAUAUGAUGCCUACGAUUGAUACAGUUAGAUGGAUGGCACCGGAAAAGUUGAAAGAUCAUAGAAAUCUUUAUACGGCUAAAUGUGAAAUUUACAGAAAUCUUAUCGUACAAGAAAAUAUUCGUCCGUCAUUUAGUAAUACGAUUCCACCUGAGUGGGUUAAAGUUACUUAUCAAGCAUUACAGGAUAGUCCAAACGCACGUCCUCCGCUCAGAGAUAUGUUUAUGACGCUUAAUCAUCUUUGUAGCAAAUUUGCACCUCCACCAUCUUCACGACCUAAUUCAUCACGAUAUCCGACAGAUGAUGAUUUACCGAGUGAUGAUGAGCUUGACCUUGCUAUUGAAGAUCUUUCUAUUAGCGUUUUAACUGUUAGAGAAGCUAUAUUAGAACAUAAAAAGAAAGAUGGCGAUAAAGUAAAGUCCUGGGAAAGUUUUAAAUAUCAUGCUGAAGAAUUUAACGAUAUUACAGCGAGGUAUUGGAAAGGGUACUAUUUAUAUUACGGACUUUGCCCAAUUGAUGAUCCAUCGGACGCAGAAGCAAAAAGGGCAAGAUUAGAAGAAGCAGCCAAUCUAUUUAAGGAAGCCGCAGACUAUGGAUUAUCAGAUGCCCAACUGAGAUACGGUCAUUGUUUAUGGUCUGGCGACGGUGUAAGGAAAAGUAUAUCACAAGCGAUCGAAUAUUUUCAAUUAUCUGCAGAUGGUGGUAAUCCCACUGCCAUGUAUAAUAUUGGUAAUUUAUAUUAUAAUGGUCUUGGUGUACAAAAAGAUGAAGAAAAAGGAAUAAGAUAUUUAAGAUUAGCUGCUUUAAGAGAACAGCCCAAAGCAUUUGAGAUGUGUAAACGGAAAUGUAUUUCUUUAGUUUAA